GUGCGGGCGGUUGAUGGGUCGGGUGUUUGCGUUAGGCGGUGGCCUGUCCUUCUCAGCCUGAGCUCGUUUCCCAAGCCUGGGCCCUGUGGGCUCUCGGAGUCGCCUCCAGGGCGCUUUCACGAUUCUCCACGCCUGCCGUCCCCGUCCUCGCCCCCUCCAAGCCCGGCAGGUCGCGCGGUACGGGGCGGGACCUGCAGCGGUGACGGACGCGAAGCGGAGUCCCAGGUUGGCCCAGUUUGAGCUGCUCAGGCCUCAUGCUGUACUUCAGAUUCCCUUUCACCUCCACCGCCGGAAUUGAGGGCUCUGCUUGCUCUUGACAAUCUUUGGUCCCACCUGAGCUGAGGCUUUGCAUCCAUCCCGGCAACUUGGAGUUUCCGUCUGAAGAUUGUGGUCACCUGGCCUGAGGUGAAAGUUCUGGGGCCUGGGCAGGCAUGGGGACUGCCUGUGGCUAGGGCAGGUGGGGUCUGGCCCUGACAUUGCCUUUGCAGGAACCCCGGCCUCGCCAUGGACCCGGAGUGCUCCCGGCUCCUCCCCGCUCUCUGUGCCGUCCUGGCAGACCCCAGGCAGCCUGUGGCAGAUGACACUUGUCUGGAGAAGCUGCUGGACUGGUUUACAACAGUAACCGAAGCAGGGUCCAGUCUCCUGUUACUACAGGAAAAUCCCUGCCUGGUAGAGCUGCUGUUCCACGUGCUGAAAUCCCAGGACCUAAGUUCCAGAAUCCUCUCCUUCUCACUCCGCCUCGCAGGGAUAUUUGCAGCCCAGGAAAACUGCUUCCAGUAUCUUCAGGGGGAGCUGCUGCCCACGCUCUUUGGGGAGGCGGGCCCCCUCGGAGGGGCGGCCUGGACGGCCCCCACCGUGCGCAGCGGCUGGGUCCAGGGCCUGCGCACCCUGGCACGGCACCCCAGCGCCCUGCGCUUCCUUGCCGCCCGCGGUGCUGUUGACACCAUCUUCUCCCUGCAGGGAGAUUCCAGCCUGUUUGUGGCCUCAGCAGCCGGGCAGCUCCUGGUGCACAUCCUGGACCUGGCGAUGCGAGGCACAGCCGAGGGCCGCUGCGGUCCGCAGGCUUGUGACUGGCCAGCGUGUGCCCAGAAGGUUGUGUGUCACAUCGAAGACUCCCUGUGCUCCACAGCCACCCCGCAGGUCACACAGGCCCUGAAUGUCCUGACCACCGUGUUCGGGCACUGCCAUGGCCUUUGGACGCAAGGCCUUUGGGUGCGGCUGAGCCCCCUCGUGGCCCGCCUGCUCGAGAAAGACCCUGUCCCAGCCUCACACUCACUCGUGGAUCUCCUCCUCAGCGUGGCCCGGUCAGGCCCCUGGGGCGCGGCUGGUGGGGUGGGCAGGAGCUCUUCUGUGCUGAGUUCUGAUCAUGGCCUGUGGGAGACUUUGGCCCAGACUCUGAGCCACUUGAGCCCCACACAGGCAGGGCCUCUGGCUUUGGGGAUCCUGGAACUGCAGGACUGUCCACAGGCACUGAGGACCCAGGCCUUCGGCCUCCUCCUCCAGCCCCUGGCCUGUGUACUGGAAGCUGCUGCUCAGGCCCCUGGACCCCCAGGCUUGCUGGAGGGGGCCGCGGGCGACUCGAUGACGGUGGACACGCUCCUCUCCUCCAGGUCGGCCUGCGUGGGUCUCCUGUGCUGCGCUCUGGCCCACCUGGGGCUGUUGCAGCCGCUGCCCCAGCGCCCCUCGCCCUGGCCGCAGGUGCCCCUGCUUGGGGCUGUGGUGACAGUACUGCGGCUCUGCAGUGGCUCGGCAGCCCCCACCUCCGAUGUGGGCGGCCGCCUCUGUGCGAUCCUGGUGGGCUGUGGCCGGGUCCAGCGAGCUGCCCUGGAUUUCCUGGGGGCGCUGUCUCAGGGGACCAGCCCUCAAGAGUUGGUGACGCAGGUGUUUUCCAUCCUCCUGGAGUACCUCAUGAGCCCUGAGUCCAGCUCCAUGGUUCUGAAGAAGGCCUUCCAGGCCACACUCAGGUGGCUCCUGCGCUCACCCAAGAGCCCCGGCUGCUGCGACCUGGACCCCCACACCCAGCUGUUCCUCAGAGAGCUGCUUCCUGUGCUACAGAAGCGCCUGUGCAGCCCCUGCUGGGAGGUGAGGGACUCAGGCCUUGAGUUCCUGACCCAGAUGACUAGACACUGGGGAGGGCAGGCUGGCUUCAGACAAGCGCUCCUUGCUUCAGAGGUGCCCGAGCUCACCAUGCAGCUUCUGCGAGACCCUGAGAGUUACGUCCGCGCGAGCGCAGUGACCGCCACAGGGCAGCUGUCUAGCUGGGGGCUGCGUGCCACCCCUGCCAGCCCUGAGCGCCCAGGGGCUGAGCAGGAGAGCCUGCUCGGGGAGCUCCUGCGCAUCCUCUCCACAGACUCGGAGGGCUUCCCCCGGAGGGCCGCCAUGCAGGUCUUCACUGAGUGGCUAAGGGAUGGCCACGCUGAUGUAGCUGAAGACCCGGAGCGGUUUGUGGCCGGAGUGCUCCAGGCGGCGAGCAGGGACUUGGACUGGGAGGUGCGGGCCCAGGGCCUCGAGCUGGCACUGGUCUUCCUGGAGCAGUUGCUGGGUCAGCGCGGCUCCCGCUGUCCCUAUGCCGUGGGCCUGCCCGAGACAGCCCCACCUGGCAUGCCGGCCCAGGCCCUGCAGGUGCUCUGCCGUGUGCAGCUCUUUGAGUUUGCCUUCCGUGCCUUGUUUGACUGUGACCGACCUGUGGCCCGGAAGUCCUGUGAUCUUCUCCUGUUCCUGAGGGCCAAGGCUGCUCCGUGUGGCAGCCCGCAGGAGGCGGGGGACAGUCCCACCGCGGCCUCUGCGGAGGCCAUGCUGCAGAGAUGGCAGGCGGGUGAGCAGGGGCAGCCCCUGGGGUACCUGGAGCCCGGGGCCGUCGUAGCUGUGCUGAGGUCUGUAGACCUGGAGGGCCUUCGGGACACUCUGGCUGAGAGCAGUGACCACGUAGAGAAGAGUCCCCAGUCACUCCUGCAGGACAUGCUGGCUGCCGUGGGCGUCCUCGGGGAGAACGAGGCCGACUGCUACUGACCAGCCUAGAGGCAACCUCUCCAGGACCCUGCUGCCGCACCACGUACCUUCCUUGGGCCCUGCCAUCCUGAGGACUCUAGUCUGGCCUGGCUGCACAAGGGACCCUCCAGGGAAGCCAGGACCAGGUGAGCCCAGCAAGCUCAAAGAGCCGCCCCACAUUUUGAUGUAUUGCUGAAGGAGUGGCUUAUUUUCUACUCAAAAUAAAUGUGAUUUGACGGUGCCACUGGGUCAGCACAGUGUUCUAAGACUGCCCAGGGGUAGGCCCCAGGCCUGGUGGGGGCUUGGAGAAACAUCUGGGGAGGGACCCUCUGCACAGUGGCCACGUGCUUCCUUGGCAUGGAGGGGUGGUUCCUCUGCUUGGAUCCCACCAUGCCCCAGGGACACCCAAGGUCAAAGAGCAAGCAGCUCAGGCUGGAGAGUGUCUGGCCUUGGUCCCUG